CACCUCCCCAGCUCAUCCCCUUCUAUAUAUAUCUUCCUCUCCUUCAUCUCCUUCGCUACACACCACCUUCUUAGCUAAUUCCCUCCCUCAUCACUCAUACUGCUAGCUAGCUUAAUUAGCUUGCCUUUGGUGAUCAGAUCAGCAAGUCGUUCUUUGCUUUUGGUGUAUAUGCCUAGGUGCACCUCCUCCAUCAACGACCAACCGGACAACACGGCGGCCAUGUCGGAGAUGAUCUGCAGCGGCUGCCUCACGCUCCUCUACUACACCCGGGGUGCCGCCAACAUACGCUGCUCCCGGUGCAGGGUGGUCAACUCCACUAGAUCAGCGAGCCAGAUCGCCCACCUGACAUGUGGCCGGUGCCGGACGACGCUCAUGUACCCACCGGGGGCCGUCACCGUGCGAUGCGCCACUUGCCAGCACGACAACUGCGUCAGAGGCCAAGGCUCCUCUGCUCCUCCUGAUGCCCGGCCUCAGACAGUGCUGGUGGAGAACCCCAGGACAAUGAAUGACAAGGGAAAGCUGGUGAGCAAUGUGGCUGUUGGUGUCACCUCAUGGAAAAGAUGACCAAGAAGAGAUUCUUGGUAUUACCCCCAAGGGUCUGGUUAAGGAUGCAUGCCUGCCCUGGGUCAAUCUGUAUCAUUGUCAAUUUGUCAGCGUCGUCGUCGUCUUCCCCAGACCAAUGUUAAAAUCAAGUGUGUUUUGAAGCUUGAUAUAAACAAGAGAAACAGUAGGAAAAGUGGUCAGGAGAGAAGAAACUGAAAAAAAAAAGGAUCUCUGGAAAAUGUGCCAUAUGUUUGUGUUUUCUUUUUCUGAAAUGUAAAUAUGCUGGCUAUGUUCUACCUAGCUAGCCUAUGAUGUGCUCUGAACAAAAAGGGAAUGCAAAAAGCAUUAUACCCAGGAAGUUUUAUUCUCUUCC